UGUGUGAAAAUUAAAGUUUAGGUGUUUGAUAUGUAAAAACAUAUGAAUUACGUGGUAUUGCAAAUCUUCCUUCAAUUAUUGAAACUAUUAGCCGUCUGCUGCGCAGCACCAUUUCACCAGAUGGAGCAAUACUAUAGAUAUGGGCAUUUUGACAAUUGCUCUGAAAAAUGGAGUUCACUUUUUGACUGCCUGGCUCUUAAAACAAAAAGGCCAGAUGAAGUUGAGAAAAUACUGCAAGCUCGAGAGAAAUCGAAAUCACACAUAUGGACUUAUCGGACGGUGGAGGAAGCAUCAGAGAACUGGUGGCAAAAAUAAUGAGAUAUGUGUGAAUGAGUCUGAAUUUGGAGAAAUAUUUACAUCCAGACGUUAAAAUACAUCCGGAGUUUAAUGGUGGGGUGCACGCCAGCCAGGGUCAGUGUUAAAAUUUCUGGGGCUCGCUUGCUAUGAGUCGCCGUUGGACUCUGAACUCAUUUAUGUGAAAUUUUUGCCUGAAUAUGAUGAUAUUUUGAUAGUAUUGGUGGUAUUACAGGGCAAAAUAUCACCCAUAUUGAUAUUUUCUAAAUACCCCCGAAUCGCUCCCCCCUCUCUCUCCCCCCUCCCUCUCCUCCUAUUAGGAGGAGGGUGUAAAACAUCUAAUAUUUUCUUGUAUUUAACAGAAACUUACAAAAACUGCUGUAAUAUCAAUAUUCUCAUUCAAAUUUAAGAAAUUUAUUCACAAAUUGUGAUGAAUUAUACUCAAAACUAAAAACUUUGAUG